GUGGCCAGCAUCACACACAGUUACAUUUAAUUAAGAACUGCAUGGAAGUUGUUUACCUUCUGGGUUCAGCUGAACUGGUUAUUUGAAGGCUGCUUCUUUUCAAACAUCCAUUUGGAGUUUAGGUUCACAAUUUACUUUCUUUUCCGAGUAGGAGCGAGCAAAAAGGAUUUAGGAAGUCUUUGGACAACAUGUCGAAGCAGCCUUCAUCAAACGUCAGAGCCAUACAGGCCAACAUCAAUAUUCCGAUGGAGGCUUUCCGUCCUGGAGCUGGACAUCCUGUGAAGAGAAAAGAUGACUCUGUAGAUACUGAGGAGGUGUCUCCAGUGACAUCAGAAGAGAAGAAACAUCUUCCAGGUGCAGUGAAGCUUCCUGGACCUGCUGUAAACCUCUCAGAAAUUCAGAAUGUGAAAAGCAAACUGGCAGCUAAAGGCGACCAAUAGUACCAUGGGACACUGAAAAUGGGAUGACAGAAAUGACAACUGGUUAACAGCAAGGAUGUUCAGUCAUCAUACUUAUUAAAUGUUUACAAAAACAAAUAAAUUUAAGGACUUGAGGAUAAUUUGAUUUUGUAACAACUAAGCAAGUUAACCUACUACUGACAAACGGACGGUCAAGUCAACGCAGACACAAAUACAGCACCCUUACUAUAGUGGCAUGAUGCUGGGCUAUUGAUAUUUUGUAAGCAAAGGUCAGAAUUUGCUCACCCUGCUUAUUAAAAACUGGCAUAACAACACUCCUAGAAUGUGUGUUUGAUAAAGCUGUGCAGAAUGGAAGGAUUCUUUGCUGUAGGCUUAUUCCCAAGAUAAAUGAAAUGGUGUUCUGUAUCCAACAUUGCAUACUUGUCAAAGGAACCUCAAAGUUUGAAGAUGUACUUUUUAUGAGCUUCUGUUAGGUUCUUAAUAUCCAGAAAUAAAAUGGUAUCAACAAAAGAU